ACAAGUUAGGAAUUGUUUUAUUGUGGUUUUACUUGUUGUAUUGAUGAGUGUUUUUAAAUGCAAAAUAAGAGCCGUCUCCAAUCUAAACAAGUCCAAUGUUGCUGUGGUCAAACAAGAACAUAAGCAGGUAAAAAAUACAGAAAUGCCUGGGAAAUAUAUUAAUAAAACCAGAUUUAUUUGUUAAACACACGAAGGGCAUUUGUUUAGCCUUUACAGAUCAGGAUCUAUCGGUGUUGCUAUACUUACAUCGGCUCACUAGAGCCUUUGUUGUGAAGGACGAAAAGCCUCUGACGCGCUCAGUAGAUGUGACACGUUUCCCUAAAACAAUCAUGAAUAGUCUGUCUAACAUUUAGACAUGUCUACGUGCGACUGCAUGUGUGCUCUUAUUGCACAAUAAUUUGUUUAAGCUUUUGGGAUCAGUCUGGGUGCCAAUGGCAAGAUACAGAGAGAGAGAGAAGAGAGAGAGAGAGGCGGAGUAAAUAUGAGUGUAAUUAGUUAAUUAGAAAGCUUUUGACUACGCCGACCUCUCUCGGUGGAGGAGCUGUGACCAAUCAGAGAGCCGCCCUGUAGGAGCACGGAGAAGUGCGUCAAAAAGUUGUUGGCGGCACUUGAAGCUGUCAGUAAGCAUAGAGAGGGACAAAGGGACCACGUCAAGUCACACUAAAUGUUAAAGAGCAUUGCAAGGCAAAUACGGCACAAGCUGAAGCGUAAUAGCCAAACAGAUUUCGAAAAAAAAGGUCGGGUAUGCAGCGAUUUGAUCAGAUUAAGUAGGCAGACUUGAUUUACAAAUUUGCGCAAUUUUACUGACCAUUUUCUGGAUGCAAAUAUUUGUUCGAAUUUCGAAUUUUAAUUUCACUUUAAUAUAAAAGUAUUGCUGGCUGCAAAGCAAUACUAAAUGAGAACGUGCUCUGAGUCAUCUCAGGUUCCAGUUGCCCUCAUUGAGUUGAAAACCUUCACACUUAUGACCAUGGACAAGUCUAAGAACUUUCGCAUCGAUGCCCUGUUGGGAGCGGAAUCACGGCCGUUCAGCCACACGGGCUCACCGACCCACUGCGGGGACAGCAUGGAGGGCAGAGCAGUGGCAUGCAGACAGACAGAAACAUCUCCCCGCGGGACAACCGGAAUCAUCCCAAUCCAAACCGGAAUUAUCCCCAAACCGGGCCUUUUGAACAUCUCCACCCCGGGAAUUACUUCACUGUCCCAAACUACCAUACCAGGGAUGUACCCGGCACCCAUGUACUCCCUCGCCGCUCUUGGGGCUCAGCAUCCAGCGUUCUCCUACUCGGGCUUCCCGCAUAUGCCAUACCCUGAGGCGCACUUGAAGGCGGCCGCUAUGGCUGGUGGGUUUCCGCUGGAGCACUGGAUCCGGGCGGGGAUGAUGAUGCCACGUCUCGCAGACUACAGUGCUCCGCAGGCAGGCCUGAUGGGGAAGUGUCGGCGGCCCAGGACGGCCUUCACCAGCCAGCAGCUGCUGGAGCUGGAGAACCAGUUCAAGCUGAACAAGUACCUGUCUCGGCCCAAGCGCUUCGAGGUGGCCACCUCUCUCAUGCUCACGGAGACACAGGUGAAGAUUUGGUUCCAGAACCGCCGUAUGAAGUGGAAACGAAGCCGCAAGGCCAAGUCCGGCCAGCAGGGGUCAGAGGUCAGGCUCCUGGGGUCCAAGCGGUCCGGUAAGCCUGGCGGCGCCGGCGACACCCGUCGCUCCAGCGCCCACGACGAUGACGAGGACCUGGAGUGCGAGGAAGAGGAGGAGGAGGAUGAGGAAGAUGAGGCCGAGGAGGAGGAGACGGGGUUCCGGGCCUCCGUGGGGGCAAUAGGAGGGGCUGGGGGCAUGCGGGGGGUGGCGGCGCCCCGUCAGGUGGACUUCUCGCAGCACUCGUCGGAGCUCAGCUACAGCUCCCACGGCUCCUACUCCGAGGACGAGCUGGACGAGCUGAGUGUGGACAGGAGGACCGGCGUGGCGUUAUGAGGAAGUGACAUCGAGGCCGUCCCGUUAACCAUGCUUGUUGCAUCCUUGAAAUGCACCUUUAGGUAUCCACUGUUUGUGACGUGAUUGAAGGGCACGGAGCAUGGUGCUCAAAUCCGCUUUCCUUCUUUGACCCCACUCUUCCCUCUUUAUACCCCUGUUGCCCACUCUAAUACUUCACAAAAGUGGUACUUUGAGGUGCACUGUCAGAAGUGCAAGUGCACAAGUGCUCAAGUGCACAAGUGCUCAAGUGUGCAUCAGCGGGAUGCGGCCACUUCAGCUUCCUCUUUCUGAAUUACAUUCCUGACUCUGGGUGACUGACCACUGAAACCUCCCCAUGCACUCAGUAUGUACAGUAUAGGCCACUUCUACAGCGGUUUGGACUGAAGAAAAAAGAAGAAAAAACAAGAAGAAAAAAAAAGACUGUUACCUGUUAUGAAUUCAGGAGGAGGGGACCAUUAUUAAAGACUGCUCAACUUCUCUUUUUCCCCUGUUAUUACCCAACCCAACAUUAUGGGAUUUUGAUAUGACAGACUACAUCUUCACUGAGUAAAAUCCCAAAGUCAUCCCCAAGUCCACCCGUUCACAACAACAACAAUAAUAAGGUCCUUUUUUGUAUUUAAAUAAUCUUUUGGAAAUUAUAAACUGUGCCAAUGCACAUACCAAAUAGCAGUGAUAUUGCAAUGUAAUGCCAAAUAGCAGACAUUCUUAGUACCAUUCACAAGUGUAAUUCAGUUAGGCUACAAUUGAAUGAUUCUGGCCUGGUUCCAUGUAUAGGCCUACAUAUCACUAUUAGAGGACUGAUCUGAACAAAAGAGCCAUGCUUGUAGAUCUCUGUCUGUCUUCUGUCUGUCUGUCUGUCUGUCUGAGAAAAGCAAGUCACUUAAAAUGAGUUUACUUUAAGCACUGUACAAAUGGGAUUUCUUUCCUUACUCAUUUGUCAUGUUAGUGGUGUCAUUGUUUAAUGUUAUUUAAAUUGUUUAAAUUAUAUUUAAUUUAUUGGCUUUUAAAUAAAUUAUAGUAAUUAUUACUAGUCACUGUCUAUAGCCUAUAAAAAAAAACAAAAAAAAAACAUAGCAAUGAAAAUACAUUAGCCAAAUAAAUGCUGCAUUUUCUUAAAUGACAAAUAAAAACAGUGUGGCUUGGGCAAUAUUUUUGAAGUCCUUAAACCAGGUGUUGUCCUUGCCAUUUCUGCAUCUGUGCAUUUUGCAGUUGUCUUGUAUUGUAACUGGAUGUUUUUGUGUCUGCA